AUGGACACAGGACCUCUUCUCGUAGAGCCCUCGUGUAAUGUCGCCAAUCUUGACGAUACCACCGACUCGUCCAUCCCUCGUCUACCAUUGUCACCGCCGCGCGAGCCACCCAUCAUCCUCCGUCGCAAGGCCCGCAAGAAGUCGAUUCGCAACACCAAAGACAGUGCCGAGAUGGCCCGUCUCAAGUACAGUCGCGAGAAGAAUGAGCACCAACAACCGCAAUCGUCACCUCGUCUCCACAACCCAUCCAAGCUGGCGGACCGCCAUCUCAGCGUCGCAAACGUUGGUCAGAAUGGCACCAUGUAUCUGAGGUUCGACCAAGCUCCUCUGGAUACCCUCCACCGCCACAAGCUUAUGCUGCCUAGACCAGUCGCCCGUCCUUAUCCAAGAGCCUUUCGUCCUCCUCCAACGCCCCCGGAUACCUCGGAUGCCCAUCAGCACACCCCCUCUGGCCUCUAUUGGCACGACGGACUACAUCAGAGUGCUGCUCAACUGUCUAUGCCUCAGCUCGACCCCAAUUCAAUCGACCCGCGUCGAAGGUCGUCAUUUGACAGCGGCUACAGUCGAAAGAGCAUACAUGAAACAAUCAGGGCCACCCGUCUCCGCUCGCCGAGUCUCGACUCGGUUCCUAAGCGCGCCCAAGUACCAUCACACCACAAUCAGCCUUUAGAGAAAUCCCCAUCCGAUCCUACGGACUCUUUGUUUGCUCCUCUGCUCGAAGUACCUAUACCUAACUUCCGUCUUGGUUCGCCCAGAUUCAGCGAUCGUGGAACUGCCUUCCUCCACAACUCGUACCAUACUGCCUUCUCCAGCACGACUGACUUUGCUCAACUUUCAACUGAUCGCUUAGAUCGCUUGAUGCCGCCUUCCUCCCAGCGCCACCAAAACUCGAUAGAUUUACGCAGAUCCCCAAGCGUUUCCUGGUUCUCGCCCUCACUCUCGUCCGCUGUAGAAACUCGCCGAGGCCAGCUACUUCCUUCGCCGCUUGCUACUCCGCCCUUGGAGUUGGAUCGAGACGAAAUACCUUACACUAUCUACGACAAGGUGGCUGCAGACCCAGACAGCAAUCAAUAUGUUAGAUACGCAGACGGCACCAGCGAAAUUGUCGCAGCAAUACCCACUCGUCUGGUAGUCGAAAUUACGUCCGUCAAGUUUCUGGACUAUGAUCUUUUGUCGGAUUUUUUCUUGACCUACAGAGCCUUCUUGUCGCCCUCUGAUCUGGCCAGGUAUCUGGUUGCUAGAUUGCGCUGGGCCGUAUCGCAGACUGAUGAAUCCGGACGGGUAGUGCGUGUGCGAACGUUCGUUGCUCUACGCCACUGGAUCCUGAACUACUUUACUCAGGAUUUUGAGCCUAACCACGAGCUUCGAAGUCUGUUUUGCAAUCUUGUCAACAAACUCGCUCUGCAUGUGACACAAAGACCUCAAGGUGGAGCUGGUGGUGAUCUUCAAGUAUUGAACGAGCUAAAAAAGUGCUGGAAUCGGACGUGCGCGCUUGUUUGGGGGUCGAUCGCUGCACCUCAAUCGUAUAUGCCACUCAGGCUUGAUGGUGACAACGAUUCGCAGAUUCCUGAAACCACUCGCAUGCGCUCGUUGACUAACGAAUCGCACAUGCGAAAUUCGUCCUACAUGGGUCAUAAUAUAUCUACCGUGGCUUUGAGACGUCCGGACACAGCAUCUCGCCUUAGUGAGGCUAGCAUACAGGUCACCUCUUGUUCGUUUCCUAGACUGAAGCGUUCCAAGCAUGACUUGAAGAAUCAACCCGAAAUACCAGGCCAUCACUCUCCGACAAAAUCGAAGGGUUUUCACCGUCACAAGCGAAGUGACAGUUUCUCAGACGCGCUCCGAAACUCCCGUGUCGAACGGCCAACUUCCUCGCAGCCAAGCAUGGAAAUUCAUAUUCAACCCGGCAGGAUUAUCAGGGGUCUCGUAAUCCAUCCCAGUUCGGCAAACGUCAUUGGCCCUGGUCCGCCCAGCCCUUCCUUCUCACGAAGAAUUGAGGACACCAGACCCAGUAUAUCAGAGAGCCUUUCACGAGCGUCGGAAGUUCCGUCUCAGCAUGCUCGUCUAAACAUCUUCGGCAGUGUGCGGCGGGCGCUAAGCACACGCACCGGCGGAAAGUAUCCAUUCCAACACAGACCUAAGACUGCUAGUUCUGGUGAUCUGCGGAAGAUCGAUAGCACGGAACCCCAGCCAAGAGACAUGAUCAGACAUAUGCAAGCCAGGAAAGCACAGAAUGUUCAUACCGAUGCUUUGGCCGCAAUGGUUAUGCGCUCUUGGAAACAGCAAGGAAACGAGAUGGCACAUGAGCUGACUGAAUUUCAGUCCAGCGCUCUGUCAACUACACGGAACAGGUCAAAGACAAUCGAAACCAAUCUUCCGGUUCGCCCUGGAGCAUCUCGUCUUCUGAGUAAUGUGACGACGAGCAGUCGGUCCAUCAUGAUAAUUGACGACACAGGGCUGGAUGACUCUGAGCGGACUCCGGAUUUGGCACAAACAAUUGCUGGUUUCGCGCAAUCGGCCGACUUGUCAAGGCAAACGACGCGAGAACACAACCAAGCAGCAGUCCACGACGUGGCUUUGAACAACACUGCCUUCCUACUCCCCUACGAUAUGAUGAAUUCCGACCUACCAUCGUGUGCAUCGCCGACCGAGUUUGCUACCUUGACCACCGCACCUACUACCUUAUCCAUCAUUUCAUCCCCGUAUUCGCCUCCGCCGACUGCGCCGCUGCCACCACUCCCGACCGCUCCAAACCUCUCCACAGAGCCCGCAGCUGUGGUAGGAGAUUACAUGUCCAGCCCCGAUACUGAAUUUACCACUUCCUUAUUCCACUCGCCGAACAUCUCUUUGGGAGAUAGCCCAGCCUUGAGCUUUCGUCAGUCAUCGCUGGUAGACCCUAAAGAUCUGCCAGGGCCUGCGAGACAGCUUCGUCGCAAACCUGGAGGCAAUCUUCGUGGCGUCGAUACUGUGCAUGACCUUGGGAUUUCUCAUAGACGUCAAUCAACUGGUUCAGUCACAUCACCAAUCUCUAUUUAUGGGUCGCCAAUUUUAUCGACCACAUUCGGAGGUAGUGAUGAUGCACAAAUCGAAUCACGACUCGCAAGACUUUCUCUCAGACCCCAGGCUAGCGACGGUGAUAUUCAUGAUGCGGCGAGAAGAAGCUCGUUACGACUACUGUCUACUCAUUCAUCCCUACGCCGCUUACGCCCAUCGAUGGAAGUGGAAGUUGCCAGACUCCGGGAGAUGCCACUCGUCGAAGACGACGGCGGGCCGGAGUUCGCUUUGCUAAAACUCGAAGGAAAGUUUAUAGCAAGUCCUUCAUCUGAUAAGACUGUAAAGUCUUUCGAGUUUGGUCACGACGACAGCGACUUCUCAAGUCUUGCGCGGCAGCAAGUCAGUGGUCAAGAGCAUGUGGUUUCAGAAGUAAAAGAGACUAUGAUGCCACCACAGCUGAUGACAGGAGGUCUUCCUCUUGCCGGCACCGAAGUCAGCAGAGGCAUGCAUAGAAGACAUGGAGCAGUUGACGUUGCAGCGGCCAGCCCACCGAGCAAGUUCGCACCCCUAGGAAAUGGAGUCAACACAUCGAUGAUCGCUACAAAGGACUUCGCCAGUUUUGAUCUGCCUAGAGAACCUGAGCGUCCUGUCACUCCUGUCAAGAUCGACUUGGAACGAACGGACUCGCCCAAUACCCCUGCCUCGACAUUCCUUCUUGACGAUGGCGAAUCUCUCGUCGACCGCAGCUCAAUGAUUGUUCGACAACAUGAAGCAAAGCCAUCGACGGACACUGGACAUAGCUUUUUGCUUGACGCCGAAGAUGAGGACGCAGUUGUAGGCUCCGUUGACCACUCUCAACCCCCUCCAGAAUGCCAGCCCCUGACUCCGCCUACAACUGCAGACAGAGUUUCAGAUCACGGCUGUGACCUGUUCAAUACACAACUACUGCUCCCUGGUCCGCUAAUCGCAAGAUCUCAAAAGUCGUUCCGCCUCUCAGAAUUGCUGCUCUCGGAACAAUUCGCAAAGAAAGCCGAACAUUCUGCGCUUCCACGAGCACGCAACCUUCCGACGCAACAUACGCCUUUUAUUCUAGCACAUAGUUCUGAAGCACUUGCUAUGCAGUUCACCAUAAUCGAGAAGGACGCAUUAGACUCUGUCGACUGGAAAGACCUGAUUAAUCUUAGUUGGUCACAAGAGGUUCCAUUAGUGCGCGACUGGGCGCAGUACAUCCACGCAUUCCCUACCAAUGUCACGGAAGUCAGCAGUAUCGACCUGAUCAUCACACGAUUCAACCUUGUCAUCAAAUGGUGCAUAUCUUCCGUUCUGCUCUGUGGUACAUCGGAUGAGCGCGCUCAGUGCAUUACAAAAUUUGUACACAUCGCAACACAUUCGCACCGCAGCCUACGGAAUUUUGCGACAACAGCACAGAUUACGAUCGCCUUACUUUCCUCGGAUCUCUCUCGUCUUACCACGACAUGGUCAAAAGUAGCACAAGCCGAAAAGGAUGCACUUCGAAGCCUCGAAACAUUGGUCAGUCCAAUGCGUAACUUCGCUGCGCUGCGUGCCGAGAUGGAGAGUGCGGCGGCUGAGCUGAGCGACGACGAUAUCUCGGCUGGCAAGGGUGUCAUCCCUUUCCUCGGUGUUUAUACUCGCGACCUUGCACUCAAUGCUCAGAAGCCAGCGUUCAUCACGCCUGCUGGAAGAGUAUCGACAGACGGAUCGCACGAGAAGCUUGUGAACUUCGAGCGCCACCGCACUACUGCGUCGAUUGUCAAAGGAGUCUUGCGUCUGCUGGACGCCAGCUCGAGAUAUGCCAUCAAAGCCGAUGCUGAGAUUCUGGCCAAGUGCCUCUGGCUUGCAGCACUUGCUGACAAUGAGAUCGCUGAGCUCAGCAAGGGAUUAGAAAGAUGA